AUGGUUCAAGGAAUGGGUGCCACAAGAUGUUGUAUCAACUGGCGGGAAGUGCUUUGUUUUAAAAUGGGUCACGAGGCGCAACUGAACGCCAUAACAGAAAAAUCGAAAGAACCAGAGGCAGCAGAACCCGAACCUGAACCAACUACUGAAGUUCUUUUCCUUUGUAGUUGUGAAGGCUGUGGAAAGACAUUUAUUGAUGCUGGAGCUUUGAGGGACUACAUGGGACUGGUCCACUAAUUGGGAGACGUAGACCCACUACUGUUUUUAAGAAGCAUUAGAAGAAAAGUACAAUUUGUACUGAUUCUACUAUGAAGACCAAUCACUUACUUCCCAAGAAGUAGCUGGUGGCCCAACAUUUGCAGAUGCACCCCAGCUACCAUCUUGGGGCCCGAUCCCUCAACAACGCCGUGAGGGUGGAUUGUUAUACCACCGAGUCACAAAGUGGUCAUGAUGCAUGUUAGCUCAUUUAGCAUCUUUCUGCAAAUUGAUGGGUGUAAUUUUGAGCUUUGAAGAGGUAGCUUCUUAUUGUUUUGUCUUAGUUUGUGAUAUGGUCGUAAACUGCUUCUGGAAUCUGUCAUAAUUUGUGGUGGUGCCUUUUUUUUUUUUUUUUUUUUUUUGGGGGGGGGGGAGAGAGAGUUCUAUUGAUGUGGUAGGAAACUACUUAUGGGCAUAUAAAUGGAUGUCCAGCCGGAAGAUGUAGUUGGCUACGUGGACUACCUCAAGUGAGAAAUGAGUGUAAGGAACAGAGAAACCUGUGAAGUUGGUUGGAUAUAAAAACAAGGCUCAUUUAUAGGGUUUGACAAUCGAUUUGAGCCGGGAGGAGUCAUGUUUGAGUCGUGUCAUUUCAAGUUUGUGCCAGAGGCCCUACCACUCGAACAUGACCCAUUUAAUCAAUUGUGUCAAGCCUCUCAAAUACUAAUACGAACUGUUAGUAAUUGCACCAACCCAACUCUGCUCGCAAAACCCGUUUAAUAAAUGGGUUGUCUUUUGGUAUGCAUCACCUGCAAACCCAUCAAUCAGUCAACACGAUUAAUCGAAACAAAAAUCUUCCAACAAUGAAAUAUGGAUCAGGUUCAAAUAGAAAAACACUAAUCAAAGAUUCAACUGAAAAAAUCCAAAAGAUUUAGAACAAUUCCAUCAGUUUCCAAAAUAUGAGGAUCAGAUGCAACAUAAAAAAUGAAAUUUUUUAACAUUUUCCAAAAUUCAUAAUCCAAAGAUAAUGAACUAUGUCCUGAUAAUGAAUUCAAUUAAAAGCAAAGCCAAUCAAGAAAUGCAAGAAGAGAGAAAGAUGGAAACUUGAUGCAAUUCAUAGUGCAAGUGCUUGCCACAUCCAGUUGGACAAUCUCUUUGCAGUCAUUAUUCUUUGGCAGUUGUCAAGCUCAAGCUCUCUAGUGUAUAUACAGCUAUGAAGGCAAGCCAAUAACAAAGAACAUGGAAAAAUCCUGAAAUAGUGGAUUAUUGCUUUCGAAGAGAUAUUGAUUUAUCUAUCUUGGUCAAUAAAUUUUGCUUGCAAUGCCGUAGUAACGGAGAAUGGAUGGUUGAGAACCUUGGAGAAGAGCAAUGGAGAGAAUAUCAGACACAAAAGGAGGGACGUUAGGGGAGAGAGAGAGAGAAUCAGAAAACAAGAGCAAAAGGCGCUGAAGGGGAGUGGAUGAUAUUGGGGUUGUGCAAUUUUUUUUCCAUUUAUACUUGAAUUAAACUGAUCACAUACGAAUUGUGUUAGGGUUUGUUAUAGGGUUGACAUGGAUAAAUAAAUGGGUUGAAGGUGUCAAUUUUGGGUUACGUGGGUUGGAACCAAACAUGAUCUGUUUAUUAUUAGUGUCGGCAAAUUGUGUUAUUUUCUGGUUCAUGUCAAUAAAGAGUCAAUCAUAGCCUGUUGACUUCGUAUCCAGUUCGUGCCGAAAAUUGUCACUGUACUCAUUUGGGGCCUUGCCUUGUUGAGUUAUAGUUCCAGUUGUAUUUAUUUUCAGGCUGGUAAGCUAUUGCUUGUGUAAAUGUUUUCUAAUGUUGCAAUCUGGAAGUGAUACGUGCUUUCUAUUGUUACCAGGUGGGUUCUUCUAUUGUUACCAGGUGGGUUCUUGGUUUCACAUAUUGUCGUCAGUAGUUCUAUGUAAAUUUAUCGAUCAAAGUGUGAGUUUUUCUUAGACGGAGUCUGAGUCCUAUUAUAGUUGGGAUUACCUACUCUGCAAACAAGGGGCAACGUUGCAUCACCGAAUAAUCUGAAAUAAAUUUUUGGAUAGUUCGAAGUAAAAGAGACACUUUCUUAUUCAUACCGGAGCCAGAGAUUAUGUGUGCCCUCAUGAAGGCUGUGGUAAGG